AUGGCUACUGCCAACCCAAGUGCAGCCAUGCGCCUGUCCGGCGUGGCGGCGGUGCCAGGCGUCGUGUGCUGUUCAGGCAGCGAGGAGCUGCGGCUGGUGGAUGGUGGUGGGCGCUGUGCCGGUCGGGUGGAGGUGAAGCAUGAGGGCGAAUGGGGCUCCGUCUGCAGCUACAACUUCCAGUGGGGCAUGCGAGAUGCCAGUGUGGUGUGCCGGCAGCUGGGCUGUGGCACGGUGGCCCAUACGUCCCCAUAUUCCCCAUUUGGGAAGGGUAAGGGACGCAUCUGGCUGCAACUCUACUUCUGCAAUGGCAAUGAGGCCACCCUACAGGACUGUCCCCACUUCGGCUGGGGCACCCAUUUCUGUGGCCACGAAUGGGAUGUUGGGGUGAUCUGCUCAGGUAAGGUGGGUGUCUGCAAGGAUGCAGCCUCCGAGGCUGUGUAUGAGGAGCUUGACUACAACUUGAUUCCUGAGUACCAGGAGGUGCCCAGCCGCACAGGUUCCCUGUCCCAGGGCUCAGGGAAAACAGCAUCAGAUCACAGUGGGGAUGGUGCAGAGGAGAGUGACCUCCAGGUGUCCCCAGAGUCCCCUGCCCAGCCCCAGCACAGCCCCUCGCAUGGCUACGAUGAUGCUGUGGCUGUGCCGGAGGCGUCUCCCUCUCCCCACCCCGGGGAUGACCCAGCACAGCCCCUCGAGGACACGGGCUAUGAUGAUGUUGGUGUCAGCACCCUGGGAACAUCGCUGUGAGCAAACUGUGGGGACAUGGCUGGAACUGGGACCUGUGUGCCCUGUGAGGGGUGGUUCUGGCCUUGGUAUCAUCACCUCUCCCAGCCUGGUGCACAGAACAGCAGCAAAAUGCUCCGUUCUCCUUCCUGAAGCUGGGACGCAGAUCGUUUUUUGUUGUUGUUGUUGUUGUUUGUUAUAAAUUGUUUUUCUGUAACUCUUUCCUUAUGAGUAUUUCUUCCUUAUUAAAACUCCAAGACUAUGUGGA